AUAUAUAUAUAUAUAUAUAUAUAACCAGCAAUUAGUGGCUAUGGACUGGCUCCAUAUCCUUUUCUUGUUACUCAACCCCGAGGUUGAGAUCUCAUUGGCUUAGUCAUUUCCGACUGUGAUCAAAGAAAAAGGUUACAUCAGCCAUUGAAUUCCUGAUGAUAUAAACCAACAAUUGAAGGUGUUAAGUGAUAUGCCUCGGAGUUAAUCACCAUUAAGCCUGGAAUGUAUUUACAUUGCUUAUAACUGAAGCGCACUUUUAGUAGUAUUGAUCUGGACAUUUAAUUUUGUUAGUCACGAACUCUUACUCAUCUCCAUUUAUCGUUUCACGUUUCUCAGCCAACAGUGAUCACAAAGCAUUUAGUGGACUUAAAAAGUCGGCAUGAACAGUUUUUACUACAAUUUACCGAAAAUUGAGUUGCAUGCCCACCUUUCCGGGAGUAUUAGUUCGGCGUUUUUGAAGCGUGAAUCAAUUACCAACCGCGAUGUUCAGAACAUUAAUUCAAGUUUUGAUUUUGAAACAUGGAACGGGGAUAUGAAUAGGUGUUUUGAUGCUUUCCGAACAAUCCACAAAUUAAUUGAAACACCAGAGAUUUUGGAGAGAGCUACAACUUCCGUUAUUGAGGAAUUUCAUCAAGAAAAUGUCAUUCUUUUGGAAUUGAGGACUACGUUACGACCAAUUCCAACUCAUCGUUCUUAUUUGAAUGCGGUAAUCAAAGGAAUGCAGAAUGCACCGAGUACAGAUCUAAAAGUCUUGAUGAAGCGUUACUCACUUUAGAGUUAGCAAAGGAAUACUAUUCUAAUGGAUUGGUAUCAGGCAUUGAUCUCAGCGGGAAUCCCCUA